GGCUGCUUUGCGAUUAUGGAGGGAGGGAGGAGAGCUUGCGUGAUAGGCGCCGGCGGCUUCAUCGCGUCAUGGAUCGUCGCUAAGCUGCUGGAUCGAGGCUACAAAGUUCAUGGCACCGUUCGAGAUCCAGACGACGAUGAGAAGAAUGGGCAUUUGAAGAAGCUCCCUGGCGUCGGGGAGAGAUUAUCGCUGUUUAGAGCUGAUGUUCUCGACUAUGAGUCGCUUGUGCCCGCUGUUCGUGGUUGCGAUGUUGUCUUCCACACCGCUUGUCCCGUAGCUCCAAACUUUGAGGAUCCAGACGCUGUGUUAAAACCUGCUGUGGAUGGCACUCGAAAUGUAAUGGAAGCUUGCCACAAGGAGAAUAUCAAGCGUGUUGAGACACAUAAUCAUUAUGGCCAUUAUACCAUUAGCACAAUCAUGACUAUAUUUUUAGAGAGAGUGUACUGUAGGGGUUUUUUUGCGAGUAUGGAGAGAGCUUGCGUGAUUGGCGCUGGUGGCUUCAUUGCGUCGUGGAUUGUUGCCAAGCUGCUGGAUCGAGGCUACACAGUGCAUGGCACCGUUCGAGAUCCAGACGACGAUGAGAAGUAUGGGCAUUUGAAGAAGCUCCCGGGCGCCAGCGAGAGAUUAUCACUGUUUAGAGCUGAUGUUCUCGACUAUGACUCGCUUGUGCCCGCUGUUCGUGGCUGCCAUGUUGUCUUCCACACCGCUUGUCCCGUUGCCCAUAAGUUCGAGGAUCCAGACGCUGUGUUAAAACCCGCCAUGGAUGGCACUCGAAAUGUGAUGGAAGCUUGCCACAAGGAGAAUGUCAAGCGUGUUGUGUUCACCUCCUCUGGAGCUGCCAUGAUUUUCGAUCCAAAUCGCUCUCGAGAUCAAAUCAUCGAUGAGAGCUGCUGGUCUGAUCCUGAAGCCUGCCGAAAGUACCAGCAAUGGUACAGGCUUGCUAAAACCGAGUCGGAGAAGCUCGUUAGCAAACUUGGCGACGAGUUUGGGAUCCAUGUUGUUGUCAUCUGCCCUGUUUGGGUGCUUGGCCCCAUCUUGCAAUCCAAGAUCAACGCCAGCGUUGGACUCGUGGCAACUUUGAUGAAUGGCUCGAAAACCAGCUACCCGAACAUAUACUUUGCACUAGUGGACGUGCGAGAUGUUGCCGAGGCACACAUUGCGGGCUACGAGGAUCCCAACGCCUCUGGCCGCUACUUCUGCAUUGCAUGCUCCAAGCUUUGCAAGGAGAUGAUCGAGACUCUCAAGGAGAACUUCCCACAGUACUCGUACCCAGAAAAGUGUGAAACUGAAGGAGAUUUAUUCGAGAAGUUCAUGAAUUUAUUUGAGAAGUUCUCAAACAAAAAGAUCCUGUCCCUCAUCAAGGAGUUCAUCCCCUACGAGAAGAUGCUGGUGGACACGGUCGCUAGCCUGCAAGAGAAAGGCUUGCUCUAAAUGCCGUGCUCAAAACUCCUACAAGCACUGGUACUCUCGCUACUUACAGAUCCGUCAAACACUUCCAGGAUUCAAAAGUGCAUAUCGAGGCGGCUCUUCGUCUGCAAAAUACGUUUUUCCACCCUGAGUUUUUCAUUAGCAGCAAAGUUUCUUCCAGCUUCUCUAA